UUUACCCUCCUGAUUGGCUUUCCCAUUGCGUCUCCUCUUCCUUCCUUCUGCUUUCUGUCGAUUUGCUCAAGUUUCAACCGAUUUGCUCCCUCUGUCUCUCAAACUUUUCUUUUCUUUUACUUUACAACCAUUGCUGGAGUUCUUGCAAGAGCGACAACUAUACCUAGAUGAACAGAUCUUGAAAGCAAAGAUCGAGCUUUUGAACAAGACAAAUAUUCCAUAAGAGCCUGUACCGCACCGAUGAUGUCCCUCAGGACAUGGUCGAUAGGAGAGUCGAGGUUGUCGCUCGUCUCAAAGCUUUGGAAGAUGCCGCCGCUCCUCUCGUCACUUUCUUGCAAAACGCUAACGCUAUUCAGGAACUGCGUGCUGAUAAACAGUAUAAUCUCCACAUGCUUAAUGACCGCUACGAGAUUGGUCCAGAUCAAAUAGAGGCAUUAUAUCAGUAUGCAAAAUUCCAAUUUGAGUGUGGCAACUACUCUUGUGCUGCUGACUAUCUGUAUCAGUAUCGGGCUUUAUGUACUAACAGCGAAAGGAGCUUGAGUGCAUUGUGGGGGAAGCUUGCUGCCGAGAUACUGAUGCAAAACUGGGAUAUUGCUCUUGAAGAACUUAAUCGUUUGAAAGAAAUAAUCGAUUCCAAGAGAUUCUCAUCACCUUUGAACCAAGUUCAGAGUAGAAUAUGGCUUAUGCAUUGGAGCCUCUUCAUCUUUUUCAACCAUGACAAUGGAAGAACACAGAUCAUUAACCUAUUUAAUCAAGACAAGUAUGUCACUUUAACAACUAAACUUAAGGUUUCCAUGUUUUGUUACUGAUGUUGUUAGUUGCAUCAUUUGUGUGGUAGUCACAUCUGUGCUUAUUUGUUCUUUGUGCAUUUUCCUGUCUUUUUAUGCCAUGACUUACUUCUGUUUCAAGAUCCUGCUGUGUUCACAUGCUUCGGUUUUGAUUGUGUUGGAAUGGAACAUGUUUAGA